AUGGCGCCGAAGCUGGACGUGAACGACCCGCAGGUCGCACGGCUGUUGGAGCUCUUUUCCAAGAUCUCUCUUACAGGCCAGCGUGCGCAGGACACGGUGAAGAAUGCCAAGUAUGCUGCCUCGCUCGAGCAGGUCAUCACGUCGCUGCACCUCGACGAGGCGAACCUCGACGCAAAGACCAGCUCGCUGGUCGUCGUCGCCGCGUCGAACGGCUGCGACCUCGCCGAGGCGAAGCGCGCGUACGUCGUGCAGCGCAUCGUCAAGGGCGACCUGAAAAGUACCGACCAGGUCACGGCCGCGCUCAAGUUUGUCGGCGCGCACGACGCGAUCGACGACAACGAGUUUGACGAAGCGUGUGGUGUCGGCGUCACAAUCUCGCCGGAGCAGUGCCGCACCGCCGUGCAGGCCUACAUGGACACGCACAGCGAGGAGCUGAGCGCGGUGAACGGCUGGCCAAAGAUGUCGGCCGCCAUGGGCGCUGUGCGCUCGGACGGCGCGAUGCGCUGGGCGAGCGCCGCGGACGUCAAGACCGCCGUCGAGGCGGAGCUCACGGCGCGCUUCGGCCCUCGGAGCGCCGCGCCGAAAAAGAAGGCCGAGCCCAAAGCCGCGGCUGCGCCCAAGGCCAAGGCCGAGCCGCAGCAGGCGGCGCGCCCUGACGCCAUGUUCCAGGAGGGUUUCCUGGCGAACCUGCACAAGCCUGGCGGCAACCCCCAGAUCUCGGAGCGCCUGCGUGAUGAGCACCUAAAGGCGACGAACGGCUCUGUGAUGACGCGAUUCCCCCCGGAGCCGAACGGCUUCCUGCACAUUGGGCACUCCAAGGCGAUUGCCGUCAACUUUGGCUACGCGCGCUUCCACGGCGGCCUGUGCUACCUGCGCUUUGACGAUACGAACCCCGAGGCAGAGGAGGAAAAGUACUUUACGUCGAUCCUCGAGACCGUGCGCUGGCUCGGCUUUGAGCCGUUCAAGAUCACCUACUCGUCCGACUACUUCCAGCGUCUGUACGAGCUUGCGGUCAACCUAAUUGAGCGUGGCCUCGCGUACGUCGACCACUCGACCGGCGAGGAGAUCCGGGCGCAGCGCGGCGGUCCUGAAAAGGGCGAGCGCAAAGAGAGCCCGUGGCGCAACCGCCCGGUGCAAGAGUCCUUGGACGAGUUCCAAAAGAUGAAGGACGGCAAGUACCGCCCCGGCGAGGCGACGCUGCGCAUGAAGCAGAACGUGCUUGGAAGCGGCAACCCCCAGAUGUGGGACUUGAUUGCGUACCGCGUGCUCGAUGCGCCCCACCACCGCACCGGCGCGACGUGGCGCAUGUACCCCACCUAUGACUUUACGCACUGCUUGGUCGACAGUUUCGAGAACAUUUCGCACUCGCUGUGCACCACCGAAUUUAUUCUCUCGCGCGAGUCGUACGAGUGGCUCUGCGACGCGCUCGAGGUGUACAAGCCCCGCCAGAGCGAGUACGGCCGGCUGUCGAUCGAAGGCACGGUCAUGUCCAAACGCAAGAUGCUCAAGCUGGUCCAGGGCGGCUACGUCGACGGCUGGGACGAUCCCCGUAUGUACACGUUGAUUGGUCUGCGCCGCCGCGGUGUGCCCCCGGGCGCCAUCCUGUCGUUUGUGAGCUCGCUGGGCGUGACGACCAACAACUCGACGAUCCAGACGAACCGCUUUGACCAGAGCGUGCGCCAGUACCUCGAGAUGGACACUCCGCGCCUGAUGAUGCUCGUCAAGCCGCUCAAGAUCACGAUCGAGAACUUGCCCGACGACUACUUCCUCGAGAUCGAAAAACCGCUGCACCCCAAGGUACCGGCGAUGGGCACGGCCAAGGUCCCCUUUACCAAGACCGUGUACAUUGACGCGUCCGACUUCCGUACCGAGGACGCGCCGGACUACUUCCGUCUCGCGCCCGGAAAGCGCGUCGGCCUCUACCAAGUCCCGCACCCGAUCGUCUGCACGUCGUUCAAGACGAACGCUGACGGGACGCCCUCGGAGCUGAUCUGCACCUACGACGAGGGCGGCGUGAAGCCCAAGACCUACAUCCAAUGGGUCGCCCAGCACGCACCGAGCAAGAGCCCGGUGCAUGUAAAGGAGGCGCGCUACUUUUACAACCUCUUUACCUCGGAGAACCCCGCGGGAGAGGAAAACUUCCUCGACUGCAUCAACCCGACCUCGCGCGAGGUGUUCAAGGACGCGAUGCUCGAGCCUGCGUUCUACGAUGUGGCGCGCGCCGCGCUUGCGAACGCCAAGGAAGCCGUCGCCGAGCGCCAGCGCACCGCCGCGAAGCAGACCGAGCAGGCGCUCGGCAAGGAGCGCGCGGCGGAGGCCGCGCACAAUACCGACGCGCUCCAGGCGACCGAGUCGUCGACCAUCGGUAAGGAGUGCAUCCGCUUCCAGGCGAUGCGUGUCGGUUACUUUGCUGUGGACCACGACUCGGCGCUCUCGCUCUUUGGCGACGCGCCGCCCGAGACCCUCUAUUUGAACCGCAUCGUCUCCCUGAAGGAGGACGCGGGGAAAGCCGCUCAGGCCAAGUAG